AAUUUUACAUCACUCCGCUGUCAUGCUUCCGUACUCCCGAUUUGAUAAGCUUCGGCUAACCGAACGACUUCCAAUGCGUAGUCUACCCCGAUUGAUUUUGUUCGGCGCUUUGGUAUUUGUGGUAUUUAUGCUCUAUUCCAACUAUAAUGACAAGAAGCCGCUAAAGGAGGAAAAUGAACUUAAUGUGUUCAAAUGGGCUCCACCGCCGGUUAGACAUGACACUGCGAGAAAUUUAACGUCGUACAAGUCCUCUCCGCUUUUUGAUGCUUAUUAUAACUGCGUCUACCCGAAGUUGAGACCGCUCAAAGGGAAAUAUGUUGAGUUCUUCGACGAGUUCUCCAGUCUAACUGAGGAAUGCGACAAUCUCAAAGCCUACAAUGCGCUGGACAUCCGUCACGUGUACAACAAAGACGAGACAAAGUACAUAGCUCUUCCUCGGAAUCAGAGCCAACUUCUCACAAUGGUCACACUUGGUAUCGGACACGAUAUUAUGGGAGAGAUCAGUUUGAAGGAGCUUCAUCCGAAUACUCAAUUCUAUGGAGCCGAUCCAUCUCCCGAAGUGAAUAAGAUCCUCUAUGAAGAUAAGCUGGGAGGAAAGUACUACCGAUACGCAGUUAGUGGAGAGACCGGAGUGCAGAAAUCAAGUAUUUAUACAGAGCAAAAAGAAGAGCUGGCUUACAGAACCGAGACCACCGAGCACAUCGCAGUUGACUACUUCUUCAAGUACAUCCUCAACAAAAGUCUGAUCGAUAUUCUAUGGAUUGAUGUCGAGCAGAAUGAGUUUCCGAUAAUGGAGCAACUUCAUAGAAAUGGAGCAAUUGACAAUGCAGGUGUCACAAUUUGUCAGAUGAAUAUUGAAGUUCACAGUGGAGUAUUCGAGCAACCAAUUGGCGAAAAGCAGAUGUUUCAUGAUUUUGUGUGGAGAGUUCUUGAAGAUAGAAGAUAUAUUAUGUUGAGGUCUUACUAUGCUGAUCCAUUUAUUCGAACUUUUAUGAUUAAUGUUGGAGAUGAGGAGUGUAGGAAUCCAUUGUUAGAGUGAUUUAGUUUUUGUUAAUAAUUAUUUUCUGGGUAGCUGUUGAAUUCUGUAUAAUGGCAUUUUUCUUUUUUUUCUCAAAAUACAUUUUUUUAAAUUAUGAU